GUCCGGCGGCGCUGUUGGCGGGCAGAACCGGGUCGGUGUUGGUUGUUAGCGACGCCGAGGCUAUUGUGUUAUUCGGUAGCUUAACACAUUGGGGGUAAAACUCUACCCGAAGUACGCCACUCGUCCCCGGGGCAGUUGUGUGUCGCAACUUGUGUGUAAUCAGGGUGCUUUCGCUCGAGCCUACCACGAGCCCACACAACCGCUCCGAAGCAUUCUCUCCAAAGAGUGCCCUCUUAAGACGACAAGCUGGCGACCGUAGCAGGGAAGAAGGGCAAGAAGGCUGAGGAAGAGGAGCAGCCUGCAGCCGCAGAUGUAGCACCUCCACCACCAGCAGCAGCAGCAACAACAACAGCUGCAGCACCUGCAGCACCAGCGGCUGCUGCUGCAGGUGCUGCAGCACCACCAGAGGAGGAGGAAGAGGAGGAGUAUGUGGUGGAGAAAGUGUUGGACCGCCGAGUGGUGAAGGGCAGAGUGGAGUUUCUGCUGAAAUGGAAGGGCUUCUCUGAUGAGGAUAACACGUGGGAGCCCCAUGAUAAUUUGGACUGCCCCGACCUCAUCGCCGAGUACAUGCAGAAACACAAAGAGAAGGAGGAGAAGAAGAAGGAGGGCAAGAGGAAAAUCGUCAGUGAGACCUCAGGGGACUCGGAGGAGCGAGGGAGCAAGAGGAAGAAAGAGGAGAGUGAGAAGGCCCGAGGUUUUGGCAGAGGCCUGCAGCCGGAGAGGAUAAUUGGCGCAACAGACUCCAGUGGGGAGCUGAUGUUCCUCAUGAAGUGGAAGAACUCCGACGAGGCUGAUCUGGUCCCUGCCAAGGAGGCCAACGUCAAAUGUCCCCAGGUGGUCAUCUCUUUCUACGAGGAGCGUCUAACCUGGCACUCUUAUCCCACGGAGGAGGAGGAGAAAAAAGAGGAGGAGAAAAAGGACUAGCUGAGUGGUGGUGGUGGAGCAGCAGCAGGAGGAGGUGGCGCAAAUACGAAAAAGAAAAGGCAGUUUUGAGAUGAGGGGCAGGAAACAAACCAAUGCUUAGUUUAUUCUAGUAACAGAGGUGGAGAAAGUCCCACCUGGUUGGGAUGGAACUGCCAACGUAGCUGACCAAGGAGAAGGGGUUUGUUUUGUUGCCCUGAAAGGAGCGCUCUCCUCCUUACCUGUCUCUCGCCGGAAAAUGUAAAAAAUGGUUUUCUUUGUACCGCCCUGGUUUCUCAUUUAUUUUCUACGUGAUGCCGCUCUCAUCAGUACUCACACGGCGUCCGUACAUUUCACCCAUCUGACGUGGACGGUUUGUUAAGACGGGUCGUACUUCUGGUGAAAAGACGUAAAACAACCCGACGUUCAAAUGUCGCUCUGCCUCUUUAAUCAUUCUUAUUGAAACUACCAAACUAAGUCAAACUAUUAGUCCGAGGUUUCAUGCUCUGUGGAAGCAGCUCUAAGUCCACAGUGUUUGUUUAGUGGGGAGCAGAAGGACGUGUUACACAGGUAGUGAGGUUAUUCAAGUGUACAGACUCCCAAAUCAUUCCAUUUCAUGGAAUCCCUUUUAAAUGCAACUAAGGACCCCACCAGGCAGGGAGUCGCUUUCCAUUAAGAUUAUUGCAGACUAUUCUCACAGAAAGACUUCCAACAACUAGUGUGGGCACCAAAACACUGCGUAGUGUUAUUGACACAGUCUCCUUCUGGUUUCCUUCCUCUAAUUAACUGCUUUAACGCAUUGGUAAUCAAAUGGAGGGUUUUAUAAAAGCUACGUGGCUUUUUUCAGUUGUUAAAAGCACUUAUUUUAUAAAGAUUGUGUGCUUGACAUACUGAGCUGUAGCAUAUAGCUUAUCUUGGCGCCCCCCCCAGUUUGAGUGAAGGGUGUCUCGAGCUGUUGUUUGCCGUAAUAUGUGCUCUCAGCCCCCUACAGCGACCUGGUAGAAACCUCCUUGUAAAAAUAAAUAUAUCGCUGCCUUUUUACUGCUGAUAAGAGUUGAUCAGGAGCACGUCAAAUCCUCAUUUCCACUCUUCAGUUUUAAAUCCACACACACACACACGGGUGUGUGUUUUGUUUUUUCCUACCGUCUACUUGAGACACGGCCAUUCAGCACGCUUCAGCUCACCUCACUGUGUAACACGUUUUCUUUUUAUGAUAUCUGCUUAAAUUUCAUGUGUUGAGUGUUGCCCAGGCGGUGCCUAUUUCUCUGUUUACUGUAUUAAAAUUAGCAUAGUUGCUUUCUCUGUUAGCAGACCCAGGGUCAGCUGGUUCAGAUCCCAUUUCUGCAGCUGGAGACACUAGAGAACUAGUGGAUCAGUUCAUUUCCACUGGCUAGAAUUUCGAGUGCAGCAGCUUUUCAAAAAAUAAUUGAAUCACUUGAAUGAGCCCCUAAUCCUCAGACAGGUGGUGGAAGAUACCUUCAAACUCAAGUUCCAAAGAAAGUUAAACACGCCACUACAAGCUGUGUAAGCAUAUCAAAACCACUGAGCGUACGUCACAGGACGACGAGAGCGUGUCCUCGUUCACCUUGUGUUUUAAUACAAGACAAUUUUGGAUGUUAUUUCUUCAUGUACAUCAGUAUUAGGAGCAUAACGCCCCGCACCCGGACUGCCUUAUGUUUGGAAGGGAUUGAAUCGGCUGCUCCUAGGUCUGCCAGUUAGCUUUUCUAUAUCGUCCCUGAAGUGUUUCUCUGUAUCUAGGGGAUGAGCGCGUAUCGUCCUGUUGCAUGUCUGAGUUUCCCUUUGCGACAUCACGGUUAUGGCCAAUCUAAUUUUUACUUGUCUGUUUUUGAUCAAUAAAGGGUUUUUCGUAGCA